AUAACUUCAUCACUGUGUUGAUACGGUGAAGAUUCAUGUGGCGAUGGAUCGUGAUUGAAGGUAACGCUUAAACUUCUCCAACGGCGUCGACAGGAUGAUGCAUCAUAUUCUGAUGAAUCAAAAGUGUGUUAACUUACUGUGAAUAUUAUGCAAUGCUUUCUGUGUAUAAACUUCUUUGUCGACUCUUCGAGCCGACAGUGGGAGGAAGAAAACCUUAACAACUCCACCUGAAAAGUCUUCUGGAUAACUUUCGGAGGCGAGUACGUCAUGAUCACAAGGAAACUGUCACCGUUCCUCGCCGUUGAGGAAUUUGUGCUUUCAGAGUGCACUCCCGCGAGUAUAUCGGAAGAAAUAGUUUCUGCUCUCACCGUUGGACGCAAUCGCGAGGAAAGUCUUUCUAGAUGGUAUUGAAGGAAUAUACUUCGGGCCACGGGUUUAGCGCUAAUAUACUUCGUACGAAAAUGAUAGCCAACUUUGCAGAAGCCCUCGUCGUCUCCACUUCUAUGAAAGCCCUUGUUCAAAGCGGAAUGAUUUCACUAGCCUUUUUGAACAUUUACAUCCGCAACAAUUCAAACCCCGAUCGGCGAUAACGGCCAGGGUCCAGGGUUUAGGGUUUUACAAGAAGGUGAUUUUCCACUCGAGAACCAUCGACGCAAGGACUGCACCUGCGACUUCGAUUCACUCUGCUGCAGCAGUAGCGUCCCGACUUCUUGUUAUGGAGGGCUGAAGGUAAUGUGAGAGCUUUGAGUGAGAGAUCACGAUGGGGAAGGGUAAACGCAAGAGAGGGGACAGCACCGGGCCGUCGAUAACGCUACUAGGAGGGAAGGCUUCUGCCGCUGAGACACCCAUAAAAUUGCCAGCAGUUGUGCUAGAACAGUCGGCAGCAGCAGCAGCUUCAUCGCCCCAGUCUGCACCGAGUGUCUUGAAGCAGCGUCCUUCGCACACCGUGCAUGCAUCUCAAGGACUUCGGCAGUAUACUGGCACCGGCCAAGCAAUCCAGUUCUCUGGAAAUCAUGCAGGCCAUCUGAAAGUUCAGUACUUGGCCCAAAUUGCAAAUUGGGCUUCUACUGCUGUUCCGAAUCUGGGUGCCUAUUUCGGGCAGCGAUUGGCUGCUGCAAGUGAGGCCUUGUCCAUUCCACCUCCGACUCCCCACUCCUUGUGCCAGCGAUGUGAAUCUAUUCUCCACGUUGGUGAUAAUUGCUCCGUUCGAGUUACCAAAGCACCGAAAAAAUGGAGAAAGUCGAAGGUGAAGGGUGGCGAUGCAGGUGUGAAGAAUGCACUGGUUUACAACUGCCACUUUUGCAAGUUCGGAAACAAGAAGCCGGGGACCGCCAAGGGGCACGUGAAGACCAAAUUUUCACAGUUACAUGCCCUAAAGCAAAUGAAGAAACUUUGGAGUGGCGAAAAUGCUGCCCUCACCAAACAGACGAAGAGUCUUGGGACCAGCAAUGUUCCUGCAGCGACGCGUUCGACAGCGCUAACGAAGGCCCUUGGGAGCAACAAGACUCCAGCAACAGGUCUUCCUGUAGGAAAUGUAGCAAGAAUAUCUGCAAUUGCUAGUCCUAUGGUUGCUGCCCAGACACCUCUAGCUUCUUCAUCUGCAAGUGUUAACGCAACAGCCCAAGCCACGGGUGGUGGGAAAAGGAGGAAACGAAAAGGAUGGUCUACUUUGAAGGAUAUGACCACUGCAAAGGCGGAACCAGCAACUCCUGCAUCCCUUGGAUUCAUGAGUCUGAGCAAAAAAGGCUAAUACUAGAGGUAAAUAGCAGCAACUUGCUUGAUUUAGCAUAUGCAGGCAUCGGGGCAUACAAGGUGCUUGGUAUAGAAGGUGCUUGGCCCUGCGAAGUCGCUUCUGGAUUGUAAGAAGGAAUUUGUUAAUCUACCUUCCAGAGCUGCUUCGACGUCGGCACUUCUGACGGCGAGAGCGAAAAUGUGGGGAGCAAUCCAGUUCGGCUUCACCGUACAUCCAUUGUUGGGUGCUGUGUUGCCAGCAAUUGGGUGCUGUACAGGAAGAAAUGUGUAAUGCAGUAGCUGAGGUGUACGUGCAUCCUAUGGAUAAUUGGGAAUAAUUUCAGAAGCAGCAAGAGAGCGGAGAUGAGCUUCGCUCACUUUCGCUCUCCUCAUUCGCAUCAUUCGUAACAUGAAGUCGUUAGGAGGCUGGGUACCCAGCUCGCUACUGAAUCGCAUCAAGAGCAAGACAUAUGGUUCUGGUCCCGAGAAGUGAAGGACGUACGAAUGAUGUGAGCGGGUCAUAGGCACAAUGUUUGGAGUAUACGUUUCAAGGUUUUAUCGUCGACUGGCAUCUUGAGGGUGUUCAAUGCGGACAACUGGUGAUGUCCAGAAACCUUGUUGCUGCAGGAGAAGACUCCUACUGGUUCCCUUGUUGUAGGCUCUCUGGCUUUCAUUAGCAUUCGAAGAACAGAAGUAAGGUCAGCUUUGUUCCAAAGUCUCUAGAGGAUAGGUGGUCCAAUAUUUCUUCGUCACAGUAAAGCCGGAUUCUGCAGUAGACUGAUGUCGACACAAGUCGAAGAAACGGUUUAAAGAUGGACCUCUGUAGGAAGAAAUGAUAGUUUGAAGUUCACAAGUAAGGGCUCUUCGGUCUCCAACACGUUCCAAUUAUGCGCCAGGAUUAUUUUAACUUGGAUACUUACCGGCUCUGCCAGCCGGUAAGAAACUCGUGGAGACACGGUGCUUUCUCAUAGGUCAAUCAUAUCAAGCAGCCAAUUGUUUAAUGUAGUGUCUCAGCAGGCAGAAGACGGUCACACCAGGUAUGUUGACCACCUUGCUGAUAUUUGCAUUGUAAGAUGAAAGUGAAAGCGAACUGUUAAAGCGAACUGGCGUCUGAAUAUGGAUUUAUAUCUUCCUAAAAGUUUGCAAAGAAUGAAGUAAAGUGGUUAUCGUGGAACCACGAGUAUCAUAGGACCACUUUGAGGACCUGUUGUCAACAUCUGGAUUGGAUGCACGACGACGUAGAUGAUUAGUCGUGAACUGGACUUGACAACUGGUAUGUAUGCGGUCAGUGUAUCUGAGUACCAUGGGUUUUUC